AUGUUCCGGCCACAAGUCCCCCGUUCUAUCCUCAGCCUUACGCCGAGGAGACUCCUUGCUCUGCAAAGCUCGGCUGCUGAAAAAUCGGCUCAAAAAACCGCCGCCCACAUCGAGUAUUUGCUGAAAUUCUACAACCCAAAGCUCUUACAAUCAAUCAAGAUCACAGAGUCGCUAGUAUCUCCAAAAGACUAUGUUGACUUGAAAAAACGCGGAGACAGCGCUAGAAGUCGUCUUGCACCCGAUGUCAACGCAGAUUUGUCGAAAACAGACCCAGAAUGGGAUGAACCCAUCAUGUACCCAAACCAGGGAAUAAACGCUACUCCAUACCCAAGAAUUCCGCAAAUGCAAGCGCUGGACAAUUUGGGAAUGCAGCUCCGGUUCAAGGAAAAGGAUGCCAUCCGUGGUCCUUCCAAGAGAUCCCGGUUCCAGUUCUUCGAAGAAUUACACAAACUCACUGGUAUGGAUGUGGACUACAUGCGCCUGUUGUACAUGCGUCCCAUUCACAUGAAGCGUGUGUCGUGUCAGACUUCCAAGGGUAAGAUCCCCAACUUCUUCUGUAUCACGGUCGUAGGAGACAGAAACGGUAUGUUGGGUUUGGGCCAGGGUAAGUCUCGAGACGGUAUGCGUACUGCUCUUGAGAAGGCCCAUUGGGACGCCAUCAAGAACUUGCAACCCAUCCCACGUUACGAAAAGAGAACCAUCGUGGGAGAAAUGAACUACAAGUACCACGCCGUGAAGCUCUUCAUGAAGCCUGCUCCACCAGGUUACGGAUUGCGUGUGAACCACAACAUUUUCGAGAUCUGUCAAGCGGCUGGAAUCAAGGAUUUGAGCGGUAAGGUCUACAAGUCGAGAAACUCCAUGAAUGUGAUCAAGGGUUUCAUCGAGGCUUUGACCAAGCAAAGAUCGUUGGAGGAUUUGGCUGCUGGCAGAGGUAAGAAGGUGGUAGACUUGAGAAAGGUCUAUUACUCUGCGUAA